CAGGCGGGCGGUGCGCGCCUGCGCGGGAAGCGAGCAGGCAGAAAGGUUUGUGGCUCCGCGCCUGCCGUCGGGGCGUACCCGGAUGUGUCCUUCCACGACCGCCGUAGCUCGACAUGGCGGAGUAUUCCUGCGUUAAAUCCACCAAGCUCGUCCUCAAAGGGGCGAAAGAGAAGAGCAAGAAAAAGCAGAAGGAGAAGAAAAGGAAAAGGCAGGAGGAUGCGGCAGAGCAGCUUGAUAUUGUUGGAAACUGGUGGGCUGUCAGUAAUUUUGGUGAAAUUACGGGAAUGAUAGCUAUAGAAAUGGAUAAAGGAGCUUACAUCCAUGCCCUCGACAAUGGCUUGUUUACGCUUGGAGCACCACAUAAAGAUGAUGAAGGCCCUAGUCCUCCUGAACAGUUUACAGCAGUAAAGUUGUCUGAUACAAGGAUUGCUCUGAAGUCUGGUUAUGGCAAAUACCUUGGUAUAAAUUCGGAUGGACUUGUUGUUGGACGUUCAGAUGCAAUAGGGUCAAGAGAGCAAUGGGAACCUGUCUUCCAAGAUAAGAAAAUGGCAUUACUAGCAGCAAACAGCCGUUUUAUUAGAUGUAAUGAAGAGGGAGACAUAGAAGCCAAAAGCAAAACUGCAGGGGAAGAAGAAAUGAUAAAGAUUCGUACUUGUGCUGAAAGAGAAGCUGAGAAGAAAGAUGAUCUUCUACAUGAAGACAAAGGGAACGUUAAACAGUGUGAAAUCAAUUAUGUAAGGAAAUUCCAAAGUUUUCAAGACAAAAAGCUUAAAAUAAGCAAAGAAGAUUCAAAAGCCCUUAGAAAAGCCAGGAAAGAAGGCACUUUUCAUGAAAUGCUGCUUGACAGGAGAGCAAAAGUGAAAGCAGAUAGAUACUGCAAGUAGCAACCAGCUGGUCCAUCUUCUUCUGCAGCUUUGAUGAUGGUGUCAUAAUUGAAAACAGGAGUAAAAUGUUUUGUAAUUAUUUUUUAUUGAAGCAGUUUUGCUGAUGUUUUUAUUAUGUUAUUUUUAAAGGAUUGCCUGAGAGCUGUAAUUAAUUAUGAAACUAAUGUCACCUUUCACUAAUGAAUACUAUUACAUUUACUCUAAAACUACAUGCUAUUGAAAUAGUGAGAUAAUUAUUUAAUGGGAAAGAAAUUGACCCACCGAGUCUUCCAGGGCUGAUGAAAGGAACCUGAGCUAAGAGACAGGGCAGAAGACAUUAAGGGCUGAAGAGAACGGUGAUGAAGUUUGAAAGCAAAAUAUGGUUAACACAUUGAAUGUGUAAGAAGUAUGUAACUAUUGAACAAGAAGAAAUAAUUGAAAAUGCAUGUCUUGGAACACAUCCUCCCAGAACCAGAGUAGGACAUCUGUGGAGCCAGUCUACAUUGCAUCAGGUGAGGACUGGGCCAGAAUAUUCAGCCUUCCUAAAACAAUGCUGUAAACAGAUAAGUGGUGUAGUCUGUAUGCUGAAAAGUGUUGACAGAUCAUAGAACUCCAUUACAAAUGAAAAUGCAAGUGCUUCAUGAGAAAAAGGGAUGGCUCUUUUGUGUUAGCAGGCCGCUUAUUUUACAAGAGGGAAAAACUGAUUUUGCUGGUUUCUCUAUGGCAUGGACUUGAAUUUGUUUAAUAAAAGAGCAGGGACUUUUUUUUUUAUGGUCAUGUAUAAUAUGCAUUCUUAGUAUCUCAUAAAAUAUGGUACCCCUGUCUGCUCUGAUUACCAAGAAGCUUUUCAGUAACAACAUCUCCAUAGGAACUACCUCAGAACAAUUGCUUACUCUCUCCACAGCUUUUGUAAUCUGCAUCAUAAAGAUUACUUGGUAAGAACAUUGAGCAUUUUUAUGGGAAUAAUUUAAAAUGUCUCUCUGGAGCUCCUCCUAGCUGUCAGUUUGAACUGCACACAUAGUACAAAACUGUAAGCUCAUGCAAGAUAAUGAUGUGUCUAAAAAGAGCGCAGGAGCAGACCAAUAGCACCUAGUCAGUAAUGGCAGUUUAUAUUGGUCUAUUUCAUAGGCAGUUGGCCUUGAGGAAAAGGCACAAAGAAUCUAAGUACAUCAUAACUGUUUAAACCUUUUAUUGACUUUCAGCAUGAAAACAAAUUAUAGCUGGUUAGGGGAGGUUAGCAAUAAAAGCAUGUAAUUUUUCCAAGAAUUUAAAAAAUAUGAAUAUAGCCCACACACAUUUUAUGGAACCAAAAGAAGAAAAUCUCCGCAGGCUGAUCACAUUCAUGAGGUAACAGGCAUUUUUUUAGAAAAAGCAAACAAAAGUCUAAACCUUCCACUGAUGGCAUUUUUAAGCUUAUCAUGCUCUAUCAGUGCUCUGUCCCACUGAGUACAGAGAUUUUUGCCACAUGGCUUUUUCUGCUAAGGCAGCAUAAUUUAUCUAUUUGUUUUAUACCUGUUAAAUCUACUUGUUAUUUAAUAGCCAUUUUAUAAGAAUAGGCACACUCGCUAGUUCCUUGUAUGAAUAUCUGUUUUGGAAUGAAUGCCUUUUCUCCCCGCUUCAGCUUUUUCUGUUGAGACAACAAAUGAGAAAUCAAAAUGCUCCCUCUAGGGAUCUGGUGUGUGCAACUGUAUUGGGACUGUUGUGCUUGUAACUUUCUUGUACAGACAAAUCCUUGGAGACCUUCCUGUUAUUCCGGCUGCUCCACAAGAUUUUCUGUUUUAAUGCCAAUAGAAGUUAUAACAGAAUGCUGAGAAAUUAAAUAAGCAAGGUUUAUGUUGAAUAAAAAAAAAAAAAGUAAAACUAUCAAAUGAGAAUUUUCCCCUCAGUUUUCAGAGGUACAAAAGCCUCCUUAGUAGCUGGGGGUUUUUAACUUAAAUGAUCUUCUAGAGAACUGUCUUCUCCCUUAUGUCUAUCACUUAUCUGAUUAUUGUAUUUCAGGAAAUACUAUUAAUACUAUUAACUAAAACAUAAUAGUAUCAGAUGGUCACAUAAACUGAUUGAAUACUUGAGCUUUUUACCAGUUGAAUAGCUUCAUUUUAAAGCUUUCACAGAUUUUAUUUCUAGUUCUGGUACAAAACUGAGUCUAAGCUUAGCACAUAGCAGGAAUGACUGGAAGUUAUCUUUAUUUCCUAUCAGUUUCUAUUAACUAUGCAUUCUUUCAAGAAAGCAGGCAACUGCUGGGAAUGUCAACAUGUCUGUAGUGAGACUCUGCAUUAAAACAUUUGCAGAAAGAAA